AUGGCGACAAGUCUCAUUGACAUCAAUUUUGAAAAUGGUUCAUUACUAAACAAGUACAAUAAUUUCUUGAAAUCCCCCUUUGCAAGUACAACACCGCCAUCACCAUUUUCAACGGAAACGAGUUUAUCAACAGCAAAGAAGCCAGUUUCGAACGAGCCAUACAUCCUGAAUAUCGAAAGUACGGCCGAAUAUCACGUGAAUCAGUACAAAGAAAGUUAUGAAAAUUACUUGGAAUUAUCCAAAGGUAUUAUAAAUAAGGAAACUAGACAGGUCACGGUGGAUAAAAUACCAACAAAACCAAAAAUAGAUAGAUGGGGUAGAAUCAAAGAGAGCUUGCAAGAGAAAGCGGAGAGUCGUAAUUUAGGAAGAGUAGGGGAGAAAAUUCGAUUUCGAAGAGAGGUGCAACAAGAGCAAAUAUGGAGAAAACAGCAUGAAGUCUGGGCAAAUUUUCGGGAAAAUUGGGUUGGCGAGUUGCUUAAACAAGGGGAAAUUGCCGAAAUUGCAGGAGAAAAUCGAGGAAGUGAAGCUAAACGACGACAAAAGCUGAUCAAGAAAUUAAGCAAAAAUUGGAAAAAAGUCGAGUGGGAAGAUGUUAGAAAGACAAAAUAUGGCGAAGUCGAUUUGCAUUGGUAUAAUACGUUGUCGUCACAGAAUCAGUUUAAUGUUGAUUAUGAAUCGCCAAAGAAAAUUCGACCGGAAUUUUCGCGAUCUCUUUGGCGAUCUUCCCAAGUUUUUCGAUUAAUAGAAACAAAUUUUGGAAAAUGGAGCUAUGAACAAGCAUAUAAAAUUAUUCUCGAACGAGAAAAUUACUUUGAAAAAUGCUGGAGUGAAGUGAAGCACGACCUCGACAUUGACUUAUUGUCACAUGUAUGGGAGAAGGAGCAGAUACAACAGCAAGGGCAAGAAAAUAAAGAUACGCAUGAUUCUCUUUUACGAAAGUUGAUAAAGUAUUUAGAAAAAAUUUAUUGCGUUCCUUGGGAUGAAAUACCAAAGGAUAAAUUUGGAGAGGUGGACUUUGAAUGGUAUCAGUCAUUGACAUCAUUACAAAGAUAUCGAGUUGAACAUGAAACUCCGUCUAAAAUCAAACCAGAAUUGGUUCAGAGUAUAUGGCGUCAUGUCGAAAUUAAUAGAAUCCGCAGUAACGGCGGUGAACAUAUUUCGCUUAACCGAGCAUAUGAAUUAGCAUUAAGACGUGAAAACGAACUAAAAAGCAAAUGGCUAAAAGUUCGGAAUAAUCCAAUAUGCAUUCAACUCAGUGAAUUGUGGGAACGCGAAGAGGAAUUGUUAAGACAAACACAGAAAGAGUCUUCCAAGAAAAAUAUACAUCCUCUCCCUUCUAAAGAAUCCACAGGAUCAGAAAACACAGUAAUAGAACAUGCGCAGUCGUCGACAACAAUAGCUCAAGAGUCUGAAAAGAACACUAUAGAUGAAAAACAUCAAGAAUUCGACUCUAAUUUUUGGUCGUUCAAGCUAUUCUUCAAAUGCGCCUUGAACGAUUGA